CCAUCAUCUUCACAUUGCAAGCUUCAAAACAGCUCGUAGCACCACCAAGCAGCAACACCAGUCCACCGAAGACUUAACACAAUCGCCUAAAAGUCCCGACUCCCAACCCUCAUCGUUGAAAGCUCUCCGCUUGUAUCAGAAGCUUUCUGUUUAACACACCUACAAGGCACUGCAAUUAGCAGUCGCACUUCGAGGCCUUUCGCGAAGUCGUUCCUCAAGAAUGCAGAAGUCUUUCCCUUGCCUGGGCGAGUCCAGCAAGCGGUCUGCUAUGCCCCAGCUGUCUAAGUCAAUCGCACUUGUAGUCCUGGCGAUUGCGUCAGUCGCUUGCCUCCAAGGUCUCCGAUGGCUCUCGCAAGGCUACGCGAGCGCGGAUGCCACCAUCCAGGCCUCCGCCUCUAACGCGGUCUACACGCCCGCCGAGGCUCAGUUCCUGGGUCGCAACUACCGCCAGCGCCUGCUGAACGCCCAGCUGCGCGACAAGGACCUGGAGGUCAAGUACCUCCGCGCGCAGCUUGAGUCGGCGAUUGAGGCCAGCAAGAUCAAGGACGAUUCCAUUCGCACCGCGGAGCAGGUCAUCUCGGAGCUGCGUGAGCGCGAGGAGACUGCCAAGAUUGGCCGCAGCAAGGCCCAGCUCGCACUAGCAGCCAAGGCGUCGGCGCUGCAGACGUGCCAGUAUCAGACGGAGACCCUCCUGGCCGAGGUGACGAUGUGCGGCAAGGCCCUGCGCCGCUUGUAAAGCAGCAGCAGCGCAGCUGCAAAGGACUGUCGCCGCUCUGCAGUUUGGCGGCGGCGGCGGUUCUUAGCUUAUAAUAAAGGCGUUGUUAGCAGCAGUGGCAGCAGCGGCCCGCGGUGGCGCUUGGCGGCGGGGCGCGCGCCCCGCCGCCUGAAGCCUCAGGGCGAAGCGCGCCCACUCUGGCAGAUGGCAGAUUGCGUUGCAGCAGCGACGGAAUCAACGAGCUAGGGCGAUAAUGGAUGCAACGUGACUUUGACCGCAGGCUGUGAUUGGCAGCGGUCUCGGGAUGCUAGUGGCUGGCGCGAUGACGGGCAGGCAGGAACGAAGUGCUCGUGACAGCCGCCCUGCGUGCCUGGUUUUACACACAGCCCCAGCGACCGCGCGCCCUUGUGACGCAUAUGACGAAUGCUUUGUGUGACACGAUGCGGCGGCGGCCUUUCAGAGCUGCCGCCCCGUGCGCACAGGCGCCGCUGACUCUGAAGCGUGUGUGCGGUGUGUUGUGUUUAGGCUGUGCUGGCAAGAACUUGAGGGGGCAGUGCUUGGGCACCGCCCGCGGCCGUGUAGGUCGUGCAGCGCCGUGUGUCUGGGUUUGCUGGGCGGUGUGUGUGCUGAUGGCAAGUUAGGGCCGUCUCCUCUACCCACCUCGAGCAAAGGCCCAGCAGGAGCGCGUAUAUUCUUCGAUGAGUGACAGGGCUGCUGAAGAGUAGCUGGGGCUGCAAUUGGAGCACCCCACGGGCUAGGGGGGCAUGGAUUGAUUGGUAGCCAUGCCCUCCCGGUCAGGUUAGGCAAUGAUCUUUCUUGCAAUGGAUCGUGGACAAACUCAACCCCCCUGAUUUAGAUGAUUGAUUCUAUCGGCUCGUGUUAGCAUACGGUAGGACGUUCGGUGGUGAGCGUAGCAUACGAUUAAACGGCUGGUGACGUGAUGUAGCUUUAGGCGUUGACACGCAACCAUAGACUCCUAAGCGGAUCUUACUAACUAAGUGCUGCGAGUAAGACCGAGAGUGCAAAGCUCUUUGAAUGGAUUCAGUAGACGCCAACUCAAUCGUUGGAUAGGUUUCAGGUGGUUGAUGACGGUGUGAGACGCACGCAAUUCAGGUUGCGUCCGCGGACACACAGUCCGCAUACGGACGCCUCUACGUGCACUGUAUGGCUCCCGGCAUGUUGCGACGGCUCGCAACCGCCCCAUGACACUGGAAAGGAAGGAACCCGAGGACCACAGGUGGAAGCACCAACCCCAGGGCCUGCGCCCCGUGCCGGAAGUUGUAACGGUUCUUGAUG